GUACUGCGAGUAUGGGAUGGUACAUGUCCUUUCAGAGAAGGGGAGCAGCAAAGGAAAAGACUACUGUAUCCUUUUCAACUCUCAGUGGGCCCAUUUGCCACAUGAUCUGAGUAAAGCUUCACUCUUGCAACUGCAGGAUCAGACAGCAUCUGUUUUGUGUUCUCCUUCUGAUGUACCUGAUGGGGGAUUUAAUAAUCAAAUCCCCAUGGUGAUGCGAGGGAAUUGCACCUUCUAUGAGAAAGUGAGGCUUGCUCAGAUAAAUGGAGCUCGUGGGCUGCUGAUUGUUAGUAGAGAGAGACUGGUUCCUCCUGGGGGUAACAGGAGCCAAUAUGAAGAGAUUGAUAUUCCUGUGGCUCUGCUCAGCUAUACUGAUAUGUUAGAUAUUGGCAAGAGUUUCGGCAGCUCAGUGAAAGGGGCAAUGUAUGCACCAAAUGAGCCUGUGCUGGACUAUAACAUGGUGAUUAUAUUUGUCAUGGCUGUGGGGACUGUUGCGAUUGGAGGCUACUGGGCAGGAAGCAGAGAUGUGAAAAAGCGGUACAUGAAGCACAAACGCGAUGAUGGGGCAGAGAAACAUGAUGAUGAAACAGUUGAUGUGACUCCAAUAAUGAUCUGUGUGUUUGUAGUGAUGUGCUGCUCAAUGCUGGUCCUCCUUUAUUUCUUCUAUGACCACUUAGUCUAUGUUAUCAUAGGAAUAUUCUGCCUGGCUGCCUCAAUUGGUCUUUACAGUUGCCUGUCUCCCUUUGUAAGAAGAUUCCCCUUGGGAAAGUGUAGAAUCCCAGACAACAACUUGCCUUAUUUUCACAAGCGUCCACAGGUCCGGAUGUUGCUGUUGGCAGUGUUUUGCAUCUCUGUCAGCGUAGUCUGGGGAAUCUUCAGAAACGAAGAUCAGUGGGCCUGGGUUCUGCAAGAUGCUUUAGGAAUCGCUUUCUGUCUUUACAUGUUGAAAACAAUUCGCCUGCCUACGUUUAAGGGUUGUACCUUGCUCCUCCUGGUUCUCUUUGUGUAUGAUGUGUUCUUCGUAUUUAUCACACCUUUUCUAACAAAGACUGGGGAGAGUAUAAUGGUGGAGGUGGCUGCAGGCCCAUCUGAUUCUGCCACUCAUGAAAAGCUCCCAAUGGUCCUGAAGGUUCCACGACUGAACUCCUCACCCUUGGCUCUGUGUGACAGGCCUUUUUCACUCCUAGGAUUUGGAGACAUUUUAGUUCCAGGUAUUUCUUGUUUAGCGUGUUAA